UGGACAUGGUUUACUAUACAGAAAGUUCCCAACCAAGAGAAGAAAUUACCUUUACUACUCGUGUUGUUUUCAUCCCUCAAUUAGAUCACAGAACGUUAUAUUUUUGCGACAAAUAUCGUAUUCAUAGCUUGCAUAAAUUCUUAGCAUUCAGAUUAACGCCUAUUUAUCUAUAUGACAGUCAUUCUGCACGAUUUGAUUGAAAAACAGAUACGUUCUUAUAAACGCAAUGAAAAUUCGGACGCAAGAUAACCAAAAUGUUCAAUUUUCAACCGAAGUGGGAAAACGUUAAAGUAAAAGGAGCAAAUUUUCAAGAGCACUGAAAAUUUUGAAAUUACGUUCGAUCUUAUCAUCUCUAAUCAUAACGAACGAAUUCAAUUAUAUUUCGCGAACAAAACUUUUCAGUCUCGGCUAUUAGCCGUGGUGUAAACACAAACAUGACUCGAAAGUGCGUUAUAUGUAAAGAAACGAAUUACAAAAAUUCGUACAGCUUUUUUUCUGCACCCAAGGAUCCCGAGACUCGAAAAAAAUGGACGGAUGCCAUGGGCAUUGAAAAUUACGUCGUUUGUGAUGACACAUACGUUUGUAGUAAACAUUUUACUCCCAGUGACAUAAUAACUCAUUGGGUCAGCGGAGUUCCACCUCAUGUUGUUACUAUAAAGUAUAAAAAAUGUCGCUUGAGACCAGGUGCGGUCCCAAACAUCAGUUGCGAAUCUAUGAACAAUCUGCAAAAUAGCCAGGAUGAGGAUUACGAAGAUUUUGCAGUGAAUCGGGGAACUGGAUUAAUGAGAAGACCAUCUAUAGUUUCAAAUGUUUCAAAAGGGAGUUUUGUCAUACCCAGAGAAGACAAUGGUUCUAUAAACAGCGAUAUAGAUAGUCAAUUAGGUCAGACGACUUAUGAGCCAGACGCAAUGGUCGAAUGUAAGCAAGAAAAUUCUUACACAGUAAUUUGUGCGGCAAAUGAAGAGUGCUCCGAAGAUACAAAUAAUUCGGGUAUAAUGGAGAAUCCUGAUCAAGAGCAAGAGAUGGCAACAAUAGUGAAUCUCCAAGGUGAGGGGAAAUAUGUGUAUACGGCGAGUGAAGAUGGUCAACAAAUUGUUUACGUCGAAGCUGUGAGCUCUGAGAAUUUCGAGUGCAUGGAGGAUGAGGUAGAAUCUGAGCAGGAGAGCAAACCUCAAAUUAGCACUGAAUAUUCCACCAUCAAGACUCAAAUGGCUAGUGCAGAAGAAGACACUUCUAUGGAUAUGUGGGAUUGCUUGAGCAAUGAAAAUAUUCCAGCAGAUGAUAAUGACGCAUAUCCAGAUUUGAAUGAAAAAUCCAACAGCCAAUCUCGGGAAAUGAGAAGUUCGGAAAGGAACGAUCCACUGAAUAUCAAAUCAGAGAUUCAAUACGAGGAUAGUGAAAAUGCUAUGCUUUUUGAAGAUUUGCUUGACAUUUACACGGAAGUACAGCUGCCACCAGGCUGGUCGUCAAUGGUUACCUCCAAGGGACACGGUACAACGGUCGUUUAUGCUUUCAUGGGGAUGACUAGAACCGGUAUGCCCUACAUGGAGAAACAAGUGUUCUUAAAGAGCGACAUGAAAUUACGAUGUGGCGCUGCCAAUGCAGAACUCAACCCACAAAUUCACAAUCUUAUCAGAGAGGGUAGAAGCCGUAUAGUCUUCACGUUAUCCGACGUCGAAGAAUUCGUUGAGGAAUUCGAUCAGCGAAUCGUAUGUGAAGGAUGUGCUGGUGAAAAAACGAGACCGGAAGACAUCGAAAAUUGUGUAGCAUACAGAGACGUGAGUUCAAAGUGGAGACAUAUAGAGUGUCCGAUAAUAGUGAACAACGGAUCAGCACGAUGUUCCAAGUGUAGUACUCUCGACAGUUCAAUGACGCGUAGCAAAACGAGGAGACACAACGCCGGAGUUAAAGAAUUCGCUUCUGCGAUGAUGAAGAAAGAGAAGACUAUAAGAGUUUUGAACAGAUUGUUGAGAAAAGUGAACAAAAAAAAUCAAAAGUUCGAGACGAUGAGGGAUAGCAUCGAGAACAAAUUUGAAUCUUUAGUAUCCUCAACGCCACAAGUAUUUAUAUCAACUGUGGAAACGUUGAAUAUGCCAAAGAUUCAAAAGCUCAUGAUAAAAGAGUGUGUACGAGCAAGCGUUUCGCAAACCGGUAAAUCCAAAUAUUCAGAAACGUGGGUGUUUCUCUGUCUUCUUUUGUACAUCGAGUCGCCACGAAUGUAUAGAUACAUGUUACUGAAUAAGUACAUGAUUUUACCAUCGAUGAGAAUCAUACGAAAAUAUCUUCAUCAAAUUAAAACCGAUAAACAAUUUUAUAACCUUUUUCAACGGACAGUGGAACCUUUUCAACCAAUCGAGAGGGACAAUGAAAAGGAGCCUACGUGAAUGAUGCAAUAAAUUUGUCCAGUUCACUCAUAUUAAAGUAUCGUGUUACAUUUUUUCAAAAAUAUCGAUACUGGUGUAUCGACUGGCGAAACUGGAAACGAGGCUUCCACUGUGACCGUUACUCCGUUCAACCCCAAUUCGUUCGGCCACCCUUUAUUAUUAUUAUUAUUAUUAUUGUUAUUAUUAUUAUUAUUAUUAUUAUUAUUAUUAUUGAUUUUCAUUAUCUUCGACAUCCACGGAUGAAAAUACGCGCACUGAUGCUUAAUACCACAAAAUACAUUGAAAUCGACAGGUGGGAAAACAUUUCCAAGUCAUUCAUUCGUUCGUUUUAUAUCUCGACAUAUUAAAUAUGUACAACGUGUUAUCAACAAAAGACUUCUAUUCUUUUUUCAUUUCGGUUUCCUCGGUCUUCCUGGUUUUCGAUAUUCCACGCUUUCAGAAUUUUUGGCCGUGUUGCUUCCCUGCAGACAUAAAAAUAAACUCAGUAAUAAUAGAUAAAUUGAAAUAUAAAAAAAUUGUAACGAGUCAUAUUCACCCACCUGCGUCCAUUCACGUUGCAAUUCUUGUAACAUGUUCGGCGUGAGAAGUCCUUGGGCCAAAAGUUGUUCGGUUAACCGUCCACGUCCCACAGGCUGCUGCAUAAAAUUAUUAUUUGAAGGAGAUCCUGUAAAAAGAAUAAAAAUGAAAGCAUGUUUUAUCGCGUUGUACCUGUUGUACUCCUCGACAUUUUUUCAAAUAAAUUAAUAAUAAACGCUC